CAAAAAAAAAAAAGUUGGAAAAUUUAGACUCAGAUGGGUCAGUGGUAUGGCCACGGUCACACGGCAAACCAGGUAGUAGGGCUGGACCUUCCCAGGGCCUCACAGCCCUGAGAGUGGCUGGCCAAGCUGGAGGGACCACUCUCCAAGCCCUGUCUGUCCUUCCUACCUCUCCCUCCAUUCCUGCAGUCCAGCACCUCUCUCUCUGCCAGGGGCAGGCCCCUUAGCCCUCACCUGUCCCAACUGCACAGCCUCACGUCCACCCACAAACCUGCCUGUGUCAUGCUCCUGCCCUUCAGUGGUCCUCGUCUUCCAAUGAUAAGGCCCACACUCCCUAACCUACCCUUCACAUCUCUCCUUUGUGGCCUGGGCUUGUGGCAACUGUGCCUUUUUGUAUCACUCCCAGUCCCUAUCCCCCACCAGACAGUCUUGUGAGUGUGAACUGUCUUGCCUCUGGGCCUUUGCACACACUGACCCCCUUGCUUAUAUGACCGUUUCUCUUUUGCCCGGUAGUCAUCCCUUAGAAUGGGAUUAUAAUACUCAGCUUAUACAUGAUGCUGCAGACCAGCACUGUCCAAUAGAAAUAUAAUGUGAGCCACAAAUGCAAGCCACAUAUGCAAUGCAAAAUUUUCUAGAGGUCUUUUUUUUUUUGAGACGGUCUCACUCUGUUACCCAGGCUAGAGUGCAGGGGUGCAAUCACGGUUUACUGCAGCCUCAACCUCCUGGGCUCAGGUGAUCCUCCCACCUCAGCCUCCUGAGUAGCUGAGACUACAGGUGCAUGCCACCUUACCUGGCUAACUUUUUGUAUUUUUUAGGGAGACAAAGUUUCACCAUCUUGCCCAGGCUGGUCUCAAACUCCUGGGCUCAAGUGAUCUACCUGUCUCAGCCUCCCACACUGGGAUUACAGGCAUGAGCCACCUUGUCUAGCCAGAAGCCACAUUUUAAAAAGUAAAAUGAAACUGGUAACAUUUAUUUAACCUGUUCAAAAUAUUAUCAUGUAAUCAAUAUAACAAUAAAUGGGAUUUGAUGUCAUUAAUAUUAAUAUUAAUAAGGUAUCCUACAUUAUUUUUUUGUACUACGUCUUUGAAAUCCAUGGACACUACAUUUUACACUUACAUCUCUAUGUGGACCAGCCACAUUUCAAGUGCCCAGUAGCCACAUGCGGCCAGUGGCUAAUGGAGUAGACGGUGCAGCUGUGGGCCUCUGAAGGGCAGAAGCCACACUGAGUCUUCUGUCUGGGUCCCCUGCUUCCUGUCAUGCUUGGCCUAGGGGAGAGCAGCGUAGCAUUGUUGAUACGACGUGGGCUAGGAGCUCAGCUUUGCCACUUAACAGCUGUUCACUGGCUGACCCCAUUGGGCCUCAGCUCCCUGAGUUGUAAAGUGGUGAUGAUAACAUUUUCAGUAUGGUGCAGAAUGUUAAUAUAAAUUCAAUAUUUUUAUGGACACAGUUUACAGAUUUUUACAGAUACCAAACGGAAGGCGAGGAGGCAGAACAGCCUGCCUGGUGCGUGCACAGGAUAUGUGAGACCAGAGCUCCUUCCCCUGGAUUCUUCUCCUUGGCCUUCUGCCCUGAUUGAAUUUGGGACCUGGGCCUGUGCCCACACUCCCGCUCUCAGAACCCCGGACUACAGUGGGGUCAGAUGGGCAAGGGGCUGACAGCUGUUGAGCGGGCUGUGGAGUUUAUGAUGUGCUAUGGGAAUGAUGGUCUGUAGACUGAUGUUGGGUCAGGGGGCAGGGGCAGCAGGGGUGUGGCAGAGUGAGUGUAGGGCUGGGCUGCUGUGGGCGCCACUCGCUGCUGCCGACUGAUCCCUGGAGCCCGGAAGCUGCAGGUGUGCCAGGCUCCCUGGUUCUCUGCUGAGCCAGUGGCUGAGACUUGAGUCUCCAUAAACCAUGUGGGUCUGUUGGGUCAAAUAAGCCUGGCUGCCACCCCUCCUGUCUCCUCUAGGGCCUCCUACUCCUUGGGACCCCUUUUACGCUGCCCCCCCACCCCCAGUCUGGGUGGGCAGUGGUUAUUGGUACUGGGGUCUGCUGCCCCCUCCAGAUGGAGGACAGGGAUCUUUUCCAACUCACCUGUGUCCCCAGUGCCCAGUACAGGCCCAGGCACAAAUAGGCCCUUACUUCAGAGAACUGGAUGAGUCACCAAGUGAGACAAAGUGGUAUCUGAACUCCCACAGCCACCACAGGGCAGCAGGAACUCAGAGGCGGCUACAAUGUCUGCAACAUCUUCUGGGAGGAGGUGGGCCUGGGAUUGGGUCAGAAAGCCCAAACAAAGGGCCAGGCCGAGUGACUCAUGCCUGUAAUCUCAGCACUUUGGGAAGCAAAGAUGUGAGGAUCACUUGAGGUCAGGAGUUUGAGACCACCUGGGCAACACAGAGCGACCCCAUCUUUACACAAAAUUUAAAAAUUUGGCUGGCAUGGUGGUGCACCCCUGUAGUCCCAGUUGCUUGAGAGGCUGAGGCUGGAGGAUCACUUCAGCCCAGGAGCUCAAGGUUACAGUGAGCUAUGAUUGCACCACUGCACUCCAGCCUGAGUGACAGAGUGAGGCCUUGUCUUAAAAAAAAAAAAAAAAAAAAAAAAAGCCCAGCAAGAUCUAUAAGAUCUAGACAAGGGAAGGAAAAGGAGCAGGAGCAGAGGAUUCUGGAGUGAGCAGUGGUGUGGCAGGGGUGCAGACCAUGCCCACGGAACAGACAAUUAGUGGCAGGAAAAGCUACCGUUUAUUGAGAACUUACUAUGUGCAGUACAUGCAUUUCACUGACCCCUCUCAGUCUUCCCAUAAGGACAGUGCUGUUAUCAUCCCCAAGGAUGGGGGAGAAAGCUGAGGUUUAGACGAUUAUAGUCACAUAAGAGCCAGAGCUGAGGCCAGAGCCAAGGUUGCAGCUCUGGCCACUAGCUGCAGACAUUAACAUCAUUGUCAAGCUCCCUAGUUCACAAAACCCUCCUAGGCCCAGGGUCUUGCCAGACCCUUCUAGCUGCUUUAUGGUCAUGGUUUCUGAUCUGGUGAUGGGGAGAGAGGCUCAGCCUGAGCCAGUGCUUGUGGCCACUCAGCUCAGGAGUGAAUGUCCCCCGUGCUGGAGGCGUCCACAGCAGGUCCUUGCCGCUGUCCCUGCUGCUCACUUAGUGCAGCAUGUUACUGUGUGUCAUUGCUGCAGUGGUGACAGCAGCUCCUCAUCACCUAAUAGCAUCACCUUAUUACCUCAUCACCUAAGCCAGGUGCUUUGCGUCUUAUCUUACUCCACAGAAGCUGUGUGUUUAGAUGUAUUAUCUGCAUUGUACAGACAAGGAAACUGAGGCUCAGCAAGGUCAGAGGUGGGAUUCAAACUGGGAUUUGCGGGACCUGAGAGUCAGUGAACCUGAGCUACCAGCAUGUCUUAUCAGAGCCCAGAGAUGUCUGAGUCCCUGUAAAGAGAAACCAGGAACCCACCAAGAGCCAAGCCUACGCCACGGGACUGCUGGGACAAUGGCAUCUUCCAGCAUCUUCCUCUAUGGGCCUGAGAUCAUCCCCUGCACCCCGUCCUUGCUGGACCCGGGGGCCAUUCCAGGGAGUGGUCUCUGGCAAGUGGCAGUGGUCACUGAGCACAUCAGGCCCUGGUUCCGUCAGCCCUGUCGCCCAGGCGCAUCUGACUCGGCACCCCCUGCAGGCACCAUGGCCCAGAGCCAGGCGCUGCUGCUGCUCCUGCUGCUGCUGCCGCCACAGCUGCACCUGGGACCUGUGCUUGCCAUGAGGGCCCCAGGAUUUGGCCGAAGCGGCGGCCACAGCCUGAGCCCCGAAGAGAACGAAUUUGCGGAGGAGGAGCCGGUGCUGGUCCUGAGCCCUGAGGAGCCUGGGCCUGGCCUAGCCGCGGUCAGCUGCCCCCGAGACUGUGCCUGUUCCCAGGAGGGCGUCGUGGACUGUGGCGGCAUUGACCUGCGUGAGUUUCCGGGGGACCUGCCUGAACACACCAACCACCUAUCUCUGCAGAACAACCAGCUGGAAAAGAUCUACCCUGAGGAGCUCUCCCGGCUGCACCGGCUGGAGACGCUGAACCUGCAAAACAACCGCUUGACUUCCCGAGGGCUCCCAGAGAAGGCGUUUGAGCAUCUGACCAACCUCAAUUACCUGUACUUGGCCAAUAACAAGCUGACCUUGGCACCCCGCUUCCUGCCAAACGCCCUGAUCAGUGUGGACUUUGCUGCCAACUAUCUCACCAAGAUCUAUGGGCUCACCUUUGGCCAGAAGCCAAACUUGAGGUCUGUGUACCUGCACAACAACAAGCUGGCGGACGCCGGGCUGCCGGACAACAUGUUCAACGGCUCCAGCAACGUCGAGGUCCUCAUCCUGUCCAGCAACUUCCUGCGCCACGUGCCCAAGCACCUGCCGCCUGCCCUGUACAAGUUGCACCUCAAGAACAACAAGCUGGAGAAGAUCCCCCCGGGGGCCUUCAGCGAGCUGAGCAGCCUGCGUGAGCUGUACCUGCAGAACAACUACCUGACUGACGAGGGCCUGGACAACGAGACCUUCUGGAAGCUCUCCAGCCUGGAGUACCUGGAUCUGUCCAGCAACAACCUGUCUCGGGUCCCAGCUGGGCUGCCGCGCAGCCUGGUGCUGCUGCACUUGGAGAAGAACGCCAUCCGGAGCGUGGACGCGAACGUGCUGACCCCCAUCCGCAGCCUGGAGUACCUGCUGCUGCACAGCAACCAGCUGCAGGCGCAGGGCAUCCACCCACUGGCCUUCCAGGGCCUCAAGCGGCUGCACACGGUGCACCUGUACAACAACGCGCUGGAGCGCGUGCCCAGUGGCCUGCCUCGCCGCGUACGCACCCUCAUGAUCCUGCACAACCAGAUCACAGGCAUUGGCCGCGAAGACUUCGCCACCACCUACUUCCUGGAGGAGCUCAACCUCAGCUACAACCGCAUCACCAGCCCGCAGGUGCACCGCGACGCCUUCCGCAAGCUGCGCCUGCUGCGCUCGCUGGACCUGUCGGGCAACCGGCUGCACACGCUGCCACCUGGGCUGCCUCGAAAUGUCCAUGUGCUGAAGGUCAAGCGCAAUGAGCUGGCUGCCCUGGCACGAGGGGCGCUGGUGGGCAUGGCUCAGCUGCGUGAGCUGUACCUCACCAGCAACCGACUACGCAGCCGGGCCCUGGGCCCCCGUGCCUGGGUGGACCUCGCCCAUCUGCAGCUGUUGGACAUCGCCGGAAAUCAGCUCACAGAGAUCCCCGAGGGGCUCCCCGAGUCACUUGAGUACUUGUACCUGCAGAACAACAAGAUUAGUGCGGUGCCCGCCAAUGCCUUCGACUCCACGCCCAACCUCAAGGGGAUCUUUCUCAGGUUUAACAAGCUGGCUGUGGGCUCCGUGGUGGACAGUGCCUUCCGGAAGCUGAAGCACCUGCAGGUCUUGGACAUUGAAGGCAACCUUGAGUUUGGUGAUGUUUCCAAGGACCGUGGCCGCUUGGGGAAGGAAAAGGAGGAGGAGGAAGAGGAGGAGGAGGAGGAAGAGGAAGAGGAAACAAGAUAGUGACAAAGUGAUGCAGAUGUGACCUAGGUAUGUGGCCUGUAUGGGGCAGCCUUCCUGAUCCUGGUAGAGGGUUUUUCCAUCCAUUCUUCACCCUCUGGCCUCUGCUUCAUCCACCCAUUUAGCAAAUUUAUAAGAGCACUUGGGAUGUACCAGGCCGUGGGUGAAAGGUUGAAGCCUAGGGGAGGCCCACACCUUCCAGAACAUUCUCACCCAGCAUGAGGGUGCUGUCACGGGAGUGACCGGGGGGCACUGGACGUGUGGGUCGGGGCUCAGGAGUGAGGUCUAGUCUGGAGAGAGGAAUCCAGGCAUUGUUAGCCUUGAAACAAUCACUCAAGCUGCAGGGGGCUGGGGAAGCUUGCCAAGGGAGAGUGAGUGAGGGGGGCAGGCAACUGAGACAGAGCAGUUAGGAAAGGAGGUAGGAAAACCCCAGACUGCCGUGGGCAGAGGGCAUUUGCACACGUAUGUAACACAGGCACCCACAUGCACAUGGAUGCACCAACACACAUACAUUCAUGUGCACACACGUCUCAACAUGUACACACAUCCACAAACCAUGCACAGGCAGAACACACACACCACACACAUGCACACAGACACACAUACAUGCUUGUACCCCAUGACACAUUUGCAUGCCUAGACUAUGUACAUACUUGCACACGUGUGUACAUGCAUGUGAGUACAUGCACACAAAACACCCAUGCGCACCCACGUAUACAGGCCCUUACAUACACAGCUGCAUGCACACAUGUACACAUGGUGUGUGCAUGCACAGGCCUGUCUAGACGUGGGGGACUUGGCUGUGUCAGUGCUGCUGAGGGACUGAGGGAACUGAGCACUGAGGGAGCUGAGCAAUGAAGGAGCUGAGCACUGCGGAGAGCCCACUGAAUUUUUCCACCUGGAGGUUGUCUGUGACUUUGUAGCAGUAGGGGAAGCUGGGAUGAGAAGAGCAGCUGGAAAGGAAGUGGGUCCAGGCACUGCAGACCAGCCUUUUGAGAAGUUUGGCUGUGAGAGAUGAGAGAGGGCAGAGGUGGGAAUGGGGUGUGAAGUUCAAGAAGUGCUCAUUUUCUGAGCCUCACGGGAAGCAAAGGCCUCUCGAGGGGAGCCCUGUGUGAGGGGCUCUGGGAAGAUGCCCCAACACACACAUGCAUCUUCCACAUGCAUCGUCUUAACGGAGGCGGCUGGCUUGGGUGCUGGUGGGAAGAGGCUGGCCUGGAGGAGGAGUUACCGAUGUAGGAAAGAGCUGGCUGUGAGGGCCCCUGUGGGAAUGGUAGAAGUUGCUGGCUUUAGCAGGAGGAACAAAGGGCAGGGUGGCUGCUGUCACAGGCAGAUUGGUGGCUUCGUGGCCAGACGUGAAGCCAUGUCAGCCGGAUGCCUCCAGUCUUCCGUUUUCUCUGUGCAGCAGGGAGGUGCUCCGCAGACCAAAGGUAUGGAGAAAACGGACAGGUGGAUCCACCCACAGCUGGGUUUUUCAGCCAAGGGUUCAGGACAGGAGGGCAAGGAACAAAGGAGUGUGUUGGCCGGAGGCUGGCUGCAGGUGUGGGUCCUGGGGUCAGGUUCGGUAGGGAACGAGGUGCAGAUAGGAGGGCUGGUGGGCAGGGACUAGGAGAAAGACAUUGGAGAGGAGCCAGGAGCGGCUGUGUGGUCGGAGGAGAGAGGAGAGCUGGUGAGGAGUGAGCCAGGCUGGGGGUCACAGGGCCAGGGCGUAGCCGUGGGAGGGGCUGCCGGGCUACUGUUGAGUGUUGACUGAAGUAGGGCCUGGGACAAAGAGGAACCAGAGGGGGCUGUUGAGGGCCACUUGGGUGGGUGACAGAGGGAGCUGGGAGAGGGGCGCAAGUUGAUGGUGAGAGAAGAGUGUGCACAGGGUCAGGUAUGUGCAAGUGUGGAGGGGCUGGCAAGAGGCUGAGUUUGAGGGUCACCUUCCCCAGCUCCCAGGGCCCAGGAGUAUGAAGGUGGAGCUGGUUCUCUGAGGCAUUGUCCUCACACAGAGUUGGGGUGGGUGACAGGGUGACUGGCCAUACAGUGGGGACACCACAGCCCUCAUGAGGGGCUGUGGAGUCCUGGGGUGGGUGAGAAUCUGCCCCAUCUCAGGUCAGUUGGAUGGGGCUCUGGGAGAAGCCCUGGGGAGUGGCUGGUGGGACCCAAAGGCCUUCUGGCACCCCACUGGCUCUGGGCUCCCAGGGCCAACGCUCCCUCCCUACUCACAGUAGCCUGGCCUUUCCAGAGCCCGCUCCAGCAGGGCUCCCCACAGCAGGCCCCCUCAGGCUGCUUGGGCUGGUGGGUCUGCCGUGAGCUGGCCCCUGACUCUCUUACAUGUUCCACAGGAUGAUGGACCGCCGGACUCUUUUCUGCAGCACACGCCUGUGCGCUGUGAGCCCCCCACUCUGCUGUGCUCACACAGACACACCCAGCUGCACACAUGGGGCAUCCCACAUGACAUGGGCUGACACAGUCUCAUAUCCCCACCCCUUCCCACGGCGUGUCCCACGGCCAGACAGGUGCACAAACGUCACACCCUCACACACCCAGCUCAGCCACACACAGCCUGUUACACACUGCCCUCCAAACCACCACAGUCUCUGUCACACACCCACUGCCGCUGCCACGCCCUCUGAAUCCUGCAGGGAAGGGUCUGCCCCUGCCCUGGCACACACAGGCACCCACUCCCUCCCCCUGCUGACAUGUGUAUGCGUGUGCAUACACACCACACACACACACAUGCACAAGUCAUGUGCGAACAGCCCUCCAAAGCCUAUGCCACAGACAGCUCUUGCCCCAGCCAGAAUCAGCCAUAGCAGCUCGCCGUCUGCCCUGUCCAUCUGUCCGUCUGUUCCCUGGAGAAGACACAAGGGUAUCCAUGCUCUGUGGCCAGGUGCCUGCCACCCUCUGGAACUCACAAAAGCUGGCUUUUAUUCCUUUCCCACCCUUUGGGGCAGGAGCCUUCAGGACUGCUGGCCUGGCCUGGCCCACCCUGCUCCUCCAGGUGCUGGGCAGUCACUCUGCUAAGAGUCCCUCCCUGCCACGCCCUGGCAGGACACAGGCACUUUUCCAAUGGGCAAGCCCAGCGGAGGCAGGACGGGAGAGCCCCCUGGGUGCUGCUGGGGCCUUGGGGCAGGAGUGAAGCAGAGGUGAUGGGGCUGGGCUGAGCCAGGGAGGAGGGGCCCAGCUGCACCUAGGAGACACCUUUGUUCUUCAGGCCUGUGGGGGAAGUUCCGGGUGCCUUUAUUUUUUAUUCUUUUCUAAGGAAAAAAAUGAUAAAAAUCUCAAAGCUGAUUUUUCUUGUUAUAGAAAAACUAAUAUAAAAGCAUUAUCCCUA